GACUACAUCCGCCAUGCCCACGAGCUCGAAGCCAAGGUGGCCACGCUGCACGCGCCAACCAAGAAGAUUGCGGCGCCGUCGACUGGCGUGUCGUUUGGUGCGACGGAAAAGACAUUAUCCUCUGGCUUUUCCUUUGGUGUCGCACCGACGACGUCGAAUGACAAGCCCUCGACGAGCUUCUCGUUCGGCGCGGCUGCUCCGUCUGCCACCACGUCGAGCCCGGCCAAGCCGGCAACGACGACGGGCUUUUCGUUUGGCGCGGCUGCUCCGUCUGCCACGACCACGUCGAGCCCGGCCAAGCCGGCAACGACGACGGGCUUUUCGUUCGGCGCCAGUGCUACGCCCGCAAGCCCAGCCAAGCCCGCGACGUCGUCUGGCUUUUCCUUUGGCUCGACUGCCACGACGUCGAGUCCGGCACCUGCCGCGACGACAAGCCCGGCGAAGCCGACCUCGAGCUUUAGCUUUGGUGCGACGCCGGCCGCCAGCACAUCUGCGUUUGCCACAGCGCCGGCUUCGUUUUCUUUUGGUAGUGCACCUGCGCCGUCGGCGUCGUCCUUUGCGUUCAACUUGCCCAAGGCGGCACCGGCACCGGCGGCCACGGAGGACGAGGACGACGAGAACAUUGGUCGGGAAGAGGCGACGGUCAUCAUCAAGUCGUCCUCGGAAGCCGACGAAACAGUCUUGUAUGAAGUGGACGCGAUUCGCAUCCGUCACUUUAAGACGGACGAGAAGCGCUGGGCCGACAUUGGCCGUCACCCGUUCAAGAUUCUCCAGAACAAGACGACCAAGGCCUCGCGCAUCUUGUCGCGCAACUCGAUUGGCAAGAUCGUGAUCAACGCGGCGCUGUACAAGGGCCUCGAGGUCACCGUGACGUCCAACAAGAAGAGCGUGAUGCUGACCUUGCUCCACGAUGGCGAGCCCACGAGCAUGCUUUUGGGUAUUGCGGCGGAUCGUGUCGAGGAGCUCAAGGCCAAGAUCGAGGGCGCGUGCCCGCAGUAA